AUGGACUCUUCAGGUUCACGAACUGCUACGUUGCCUGGUUUUAAAGAAUACAUUUCCUCAAGGACUCCCAAAACUGCUCAGUUUCAAAGAACAUCUCAACAAAUGUAUGUUCCCCCUCUCUCACCGCGACAUGCUUUCCAGAGCAACUCAUCUCAUCCUGACCUCAUCACUCCGUCCAGGUCUUCUUCCUCACAACAGCCAAUGUACGUCUCCAGGUCUCCUCCAAAGACGUACUCCAACAAUCUGUCUAGAAGUCCGCCCAAGAUGACUGCUCAAUCUCAAACCAGGAAUACGACAACAAAAAAAUCAAAUGGCACAUCCAGGCCUACCCCAAAACCAUUAAACUUGUCUAAAUCUUCUCAGGUUUCCAAUCUUGGCAGGGUUCCUCAGACGGCUACCUUCCCUCCAAAGGUAAAUCGUGCAUUAAAUCUCCCUCAACCCCCCAAAACAGCCACCUUCGCAAAGCAAUCCUCGGGCUUUCCAAAGGAUCUCCGUGUCCCUUUUCGCGUUUCUCAGAUCCUUCCUCAACCUGCGUAUGCAUACAUGUACGAUCAAGUUUAUAUGCAGAGCUUGGAAUCACCCAGACUGCGUAGGUAUAGUGCAUCACCUGCUCCCAUUCGACAUGUGGCGAAUAACUAUCGUCAAUAUGAAAUGGGUUCAGGUACGCCUGUUGUCGUAUUAAGUCAUCCAGACGACUCUGAUUCGCAAGGAUCCUCUCCGCCUACUCCAGGACUUUAUCCGUCGGAAGGAUACCCGAACGCGGAUUUCUGUGAUUUCUAUGGAGUGCCGUACGAAGGCGACGAGUUUGAGGAGAGCCAAUAUGGUUUUUACUAUUACGAUUAUCCACAAGAGUAUCUACCGCAGACACCUACCAGAACAUCGCACACUCCAAGAUCCUCUACUAUGCCGGCUGCUUCAAAAGAUCAGAGGCGUAGAAGCGUUUUUGGUGGACCAAUGAAAGUUCAUCCGGAUACCGUCGUCCCGAUCCGUCAGCCAAAGGGGCCAGACAUGGCGAAGAACUUUGCCACUCGCAUUCGGCGCAAGGCUGCUAGCAAGCUGUUGGCGGCUGCUGCCGAACGUCGUAGCAAGUCGGCUAACGAUAGGAGAAAAUCGGCAAUGUUUUGA